GGACAGCGCCAAGAGAGUCUGUUGCUCCCACACUUUCACUUUCUACUUAAUAAAAUAACUGCUUGGUUUUACAGAGUUAUUUUACAGAGUUAUUGUAAGAGUCCAAGUUAACAUAUAGAUGUUAUGUUAGCUAAACCGACUUCAUGGGCUAAUAAUAACAGAGAAGUUUAACUAUAAAUGUUUGUGCAGCAACAGCAGGACAUCACAUCCACUUCAAUAUUCCAAUCCUGAGAACAGCUGCAGACUGAGCAGAAAGUCAUCACUGCCAUUGAAGAGAUGAAAAGGAGCGAGGAAACAAGUAUACCUGUAAAGGCAUCCAUUGAGACGAUGUAUGACCACGAGGUAGACAGGGAAGGAGAGUGGCACGGGGAGGCAGGAGUGUAUAAGGGAGAAUUAGACAUCGGUGGCGUAAGGUCGGUGACCAAGUUGGCCAACAUGGGUGUUGGUGGUAUGGCAUCAAGGGAAAAAGGACUUAGUGGGCACCUUGACUACGAAUUGGGAAAGACUCAUUUAGACCUCGGUGGCGAGUUGAAGGUGGAGGGCAGGUUGCCCAGCGCCGGUGUUGCUGCUGGGAUAACUAAUGAAGGAGUUAAAGCCAUGGCCACAGCUGAGCUCCUAGGUGCCUCUGUGUCCCACGGGAAGGCGACAGCCACAAUGCGUCUGGCAGCUGAUACAGGCUUUGGAGUAGGCAAGGAUGGGAUCGAGGCACAAUUUCUGGGUACAGGAUUCUCUAUUGGGAAGAAAACAUCCAUUUCUCUGUUUGGUUCCAAGUUUGAAUGGGACUUCAGCAAGUGACACACCCCCACUCAGAGCCCAGAGGUCCACUUCUGUGGAGAUGUAUUCAUUCCACCUGUUUAGUUCUCUUAUAGCCUACAGAUAAGGCUUCAGGGCCACAGAUGUGCUUGGCUUCUUUUAAACUUAAUGAAAACAUCUUGAUGUAUUGUUCUUAAUCAAUGGACUGUAUUUACAAUAUAUUCUUAUCA